UCAUUUAACUUUACGCCAGUCGACUGUGUUUUGUUAUUUACCUAAUUUUCUGUUUAUUUCAAUAUUAAUUUCUGUCAAAAUGUCUCGUAUCAAUCCGCCAGCCUCAUUAAAGAAGCCUCUGAACGUGCCAGAGAAACUCAUGAUGGGUCCCGGCCCGUCAAACUACACGCAACGAGUGCGCGAUGCCAUGAGCCAGCCAAUCUUGGGACAUUUGCAUCCAGAAACACUCAAAAUAAUGGACGAGAUAAAGGAAGGUAUUCAAUACAUGUUCCAAACAACUAACACCGCAACAAUGUGUAUUACGGGCAGCGGGCAUGCCGGCAUGGAAGCCGUAAUGGCAAACUUACUUGAGACGGGAGACGUUGUUUUGAUUGGUACAACUGGUAUCUGGGGUCAAAGAGCAGAAAACAUGGCGGUGCGAUAUGGAGCUGAUGCAAGAAUCUUACACGCACAAUACGGAAAACCAGUGACGCUACAUGACUUGGAGGAAUACAUGAAAGUUCAUAAGCCAUCAGUGUUCUUUUUGGUGCAAGGAGAAUCGUCGACUGGGUUAAAGCAGGAUCUGAGAGGCAUGGGUGAUAUUUGUCGCAAAUACAAUUGCUUGUUUGCUGUAGAUACUGUUGCUUCAUUAGGUGGCACAGAAUUCUUUAUGGAUGAAUGGAAAAUUGAUGUUGCUUAUACCGGAUCACAAAAAGUACUUGGAGCUCCUCCAGGUAUCACACCGAUUUCGUUUAACUGUCGAGCUAUUGAACGCAUUAAGCGCCGGAAUGAAAAAGUUAAAGUAUAUUAUCUAGAUGCCUUGCAACUCGGUGACUAUUGGGGAUGCUUCGGAAAUCCACGAUUCUACCAUCACACUGGUUGCGCAACUCUUUUCUACGGUCUCCGAGAAGCUCUUGCUAUCGCAGCCGAAGAAGGUCUCGAAAAUCUCAUCAAACGUCACAAGGAAUGUUCGGAACGUUUCCAGCGUGGUAUUGAAGCAAUGGGACUAGAAAUGUUCCUACCUGAUAAAGAAAACCGACUCCCAACUGUAAAUGCUGUCAACAUUCCCAAAGGCGUAGAUCAACUCAAAAUCUCACAAUAUGCCGCUAAAAAUUAUUUGAUGGAAAUUUCGGGAGGACUUGGACCAACUGCAGGAGCAGUCAUUCGCGUUGGACUUAUGGGUGAAAAUGCUCGUGUUGAAAAAGUUGAUUUAGUAUUGAGAGUAUUGCGCGAAGCUAUUGAAGCAACAUCUGAUUUCAAAUUGAAAGAACUCUCGAAAAUUUAAGACGAGAUUUUUGAUUGACAAGUUGAACAAUAUUUUGGACCAAAAUUCAAUAGAAACGCAUCAUCAAUUAUAAAAAUAAAUUAAAGAAAAAAAAGAGGCAAUUCAUCUUUCAUUCUAGCACCUCUUUUAUGACAAAUUUUUCGUUUUCUCGUGUGUAUGUCGUGACCAACGACUUAAACUACUGUUCUCUGCUACCACAUAAUGGAAUCAAGUUUAAAAUUAUCCACAACACGCAUUGUAAAUGUAAACAAAAUCCAGUCGAAUAAUGCUUCUAUUCUUCUAUGCAAGUCAGUAUAUUCAAUAUGUGCAUGAAAAAAAAAAACGGUAGACUCUUAAGAAAUACACCACUAUAAUAGUAAAUAAUAGUAAAAUAAAACCAAGAAGUGAAAAAAAACUGGAAGACAAUGACCUGCAUUUAAGUUUGUUAUUGUUUUGUCUCGUUCUGGCAAAUGUCGCGGCAAAUAUCGCUCUUUCACUCUGGCCAACGUAACGUAACUUGCUCGGUUGUAAGCAAGACAUGUGUUGUUGUUGUGAGUAUUUUUUUUUUACUAUACAACAA